AUGAAUGAAAGAUAUAUCAUAAAUAAUAUAUUAAUAAAGAAUUUAAUUGUGAAAAGAUAUAUUAAAUGUUUGUAUAAGAGAAAAAAUAAUGAAAACAACACAAUUACUCUUUUAUAUAAAUAUAGCAAAUAUUACAAAAAGUUGACAAAAGUUGAUAAAUAUAAAAGUUCUGAAAAAAAAUUAUAUAUUGCAUAUACUAAUGAUAAGAAUGUGAAAAUAAAAAACAUCAAAAAUAGAAUAUUAAAACAUAAAAUAAUUUAUAAUUUUAAUAUUUUAUUCUUCGUUCUGCUAUUUUUAAUUAUUUUAUAUUUCUUCUUGACUCUUUUAGUUUUAUAUAAUAAUAAUAAUCAUGUAGAAUGCAUAAUUCCUUUUAAUGAUUGCCCGAUUGUUUUGCAUUCAGAUAUAAACAACUUUUUUAAAAAUUAUAAGAUAAAUGAAUUAACAAAAGAUAAUAUAUUAUUAUUUUAUAGAAAUAUAAAAAAAUUAAAUCCAGAAAAUAUAAAAAAAGUACAUUUAAAAAAAAGAAAAACAUAUAAAAUUUUAAAUACAGAAAAAAUAAAAUGUAAUGAUUGCGAAGUUUUUUUUAAUAUAAUAGAAGAUGAAACUGUCCAAGAUAUUUUAGACUUUGAAGAAAUAAAUAAAUGUGUAAAAAUAAUUGAUAAAAGUUAUUGUGUUAAUGUAAAAAAUAACUUAAUAAAAAAUAAAAAAAUACAUAUAUAUAAAAAAUAUUCUGGACACAUAAAAGAUACAAACUAUUUUCAUAGUCUAAAAAAACAUAAGAAAAUUUUAAAUGAUUUAUAUAAUAAUUCUUAUAUGAAAGAAAAAGUUGUCAUUAGAAAUAGAAUAAAAUAUUUAUAUCCUUUAUUACAUGAUUACUUUAUUAAUUUAGACGAUUUUAAAUUAUAUAAUGAAAAAAAUGAAAAGAUUAUUGUAAAUGAGGAAAGUAUAAGAAAUUUUGAAUUUCUAAAAGGAAAAGAUUUAAAUCUAUGCCGUUCUUCAUAUAAAAAAAAAUAUGGUAAAAGUACAUUUUAUUGGUUAUGUCCUGCAUUCUAUAAGAAGAAAAAACAUUUACAUGAAUAUAAAGUAUCUAAAAUGAUUGAGCAAAUUUUAAAUUUUAAAGAAGUAGGUUAUGCUCAUAAGAAUAAGCAUAUAAUAGAAAUGUCAAAAUCGAAUCCUACUAGAAAUACAUAUAAUCAUUUUGGUUAUAUUUCUAACUCUUUAAGUUUACCAUUUAAACUUGAUAUAUAUAACAGAUUCAAAAUACUUGAAGAAGAUUUAUUAGUUAAUGAAGUAAUAGAACAAGUAUACAAAGCAUUUUUUUGUCCUUAUAAUAAAAAUGUUGAAAAAAAAACAGAAAUAAAAAAGAGAAUACCUAUUAAAAACGCAGUAUUACAUAAAGAUGUAGAUAUUUUAAGACUUGCAUUUUUUUCUGGUAAUUAUAAAAAUAUUUUAGCUAAAAGAAAAAAAAAAAAAAAUAUAGAAGAAAAAAAAGAUGAAGAUACAGAUGAAAAAAAAAGUGAAUCUAUAAAUUCAUAUGAGAAAAUAGAUGAUAUAUGUGCAGAUGUUGGAUAUGUUGGUGAAAUGGAUGAUGAAGAUUACGAUGAGGGUGAUGAGGACGAUGAUGAAGUUGAUUAUGGGAUUGGAGUUGAUGCAUUCGAAAAGGAUCAAUAUAAUGAAAGUAAGGCAGAAAAAGAGAUAAAUCUUAUUUUUAAAUUAAGUAAUAAAAAUUUAAAUUCUAUUAAAAAAGAAAUUAACAAUAAUAGUAAUAAGACAUAUAAGAACAUCUAUAAAAAUGAAAAUAAUUUAUCAGAAGGAUCUUAUAAAUCUAAAUUAAAAUAUGUAUUAAUUGAAGAAGCAGAAAAGAUAAAUCAAAAUUUAAAUUUAAAUUAUAGUACAUCAAGAUAUAAAUUCACUAAAGAGCUUGUGAUUAUAUCUUCUUCAAUAUUCUAUGGAAAUAUGAAAAAUUUACUCAAAACUAUUAUUUUGUUUUUAUGUAUUCUUAUUUUAAUGAAUAUAGUUUUAACAAUUUUUUAUAUUUACAUAAAAGGUAAUAAAGAAAUCUCAAUUAUUCUAAAAGAUGAUGAGGAAAUUGAAGAAAUGCCAAAAUAUAUUAAAAGAUUAUCAAAACAUCUACUUAUUGACGAAGAUAGUAUUAAAAAAAACUAUUUUACAAAUUACAAACAUAGUAGCAAUCCUAUUUAA